CGCGGGCGCCCGAGCGCUGCCCCGCGGCGAGACCGAGCGAGCGCGGACCGAAGUUUCGCGGGCCCGGAGGCGGCGGAGCCGUUACCGCGACGCACCGGAAGUAGCCGAGGCCGGCGUCCGGGCCCGCCGCGAGCGAGUUCCCUCCGGUCGGCGACGCCAUGGAGCCCGGGGCGGCCGAGCUGUACGACCAGGCCCUGCUGGGCAUCCUGCAGCAUGUGGGCAACGUCCAGGAUUUCCUGCGCGUGCUGACGGACUUCUACCGCCUGCUGCGCCACCCGACGGACCGUAUGGGCUUCCCGCCCGGGGCCGCGCAGGCGCUGGUGCUGCAGGUGUUCCAGAACUUCGACCGCAUGGCUCGCCAGGACGAUGAAAAGAGGAGGAAGGAGCUGGAGGAGAAGAUGAGGAGGAAGGAGGCGGAGGCUGCGGAGGCAGAAGCUGCAGCCUCGGGGGAGCAGGCGCCUGUCCCUGCCCCAGAGCUCGAGGUGGAGGUCAACACCACAGACGCGGCUGUGGCCUCGGGCGGGCCUGCGGAGCCUCACGGCCAGCUGCGUGACGUGCAGGAGGUGGCCCCCGGCUCCCGGGAGGCUGCAGAGCCACGGGCCUUGGACACGGGUGCUGCUCAGACCCCGAGGGAACCCCCACCUCUUCCCAGGGGACAGGAGCAGUUCCAGAGAAACCCCGACAGCUACAACGGAGCCGUGCGGGAGAACUACACCUGGUCCCAGGACUACACCGACCUGGAGCUCAAGGUGCCCGUGCCCAAGCACGUGGUGAAGGGCAGGCAGGUAAGCGGCUCUCCCAGCCGCUCCGCUCGGGCACAGGGGGUCCUGCGGCCCUGGCUCACGCUGUGCUGCCGCCCUCCAUGCCCUGGGAACUUGCGGAAUCGCACCGGCCUCUGGGCACGCCCUGCCUGUGCGGCUCAGCCCCUGCUCGAAGUGCUGCUGGAGUCUGUGCCCAAAGCUCUUGGAAAGCUCGUGGCUGCGUCAGGAGCAUGGGAAGGCCCUGCUGGGGCGCUCCUGAUGGAGCGGCUGCAGGCUGCACUCCUGC